GUAUUUUUCUUAGGUGAAAUUUGAAUACUUCACUUUUGUCAUCUAAUUAUACAUCAUCUUAUACACUUUAAAAAUAACUAUUUAUUUUUUAAGAAAUAUUAUUUAAAUGUGUUAAUGAGGUUGCAUAUAUUUUUGACGACAAUAGUAGCGAAUCGUCCUAUGUAAGUAAAAAGAUAGACGCCACACGAUUUGGGUUAAAGGUCGCCCACAUUUGUCUGCAAUGCCUGCAAUGACAGUUUGGCGCUAACAGAAGAAGAUACAAGUGAAAAAGUGUGAUUGCUGUACUUUCUAAUAGUCAUCAUGGCACUCCUCAGAGGUGUAUUUGUUGUAGCAGCCAAGCGCACUCCAUUUGGUACCUAUGGUGGUGUUCUGAAGGACCACAGUGCAACAGACCUGGCUGAGCAUGCAGCCAAAGCUGCCCUGGCUGCAGGAGGCGUGGUACCAGAGCUCGUAAACAGUGUCAUCAUGGGCAACGUCAUGCAUAGCUCAGCAGAUGCCCCCUACAUCGCUCGCCAUGUUGGCCUGAGGAGCGGUGUUCCUAUCCCAGUGCCGGCUCUCACUGUCAAUAGGCUGUGCGGCUCUGGUUUCCAGUCUAUCAUCAAUGGUGCUCAGGAAAUCUGUCUGAAGGAGUCUGAGGUUGUUUUGUGUGGUGGUUCAGAGAGCAUGAGCCAGGCUCCCUACGCUGUCCGCAACAUGCGAUUUGGUACAAAGUUUGGAUUUGAUCUCAAGCUGGAGGACACCUUAUGGGCGGGGUUGACCGACCUGCAUGUCAAAAUCCCAAUGGGCAUCACGGCCGAAAACCUGGCAGAGAAGUAUGAGAUCACACGAGAGGAAUGCGACAACUACGCAUACCAGACACAGCAAAGGUGGAAAGCAGCACAUGAGGCUGGCCACUACACAGCAGAAAUUGCUCCUAUUGAUGUAAAAUCCAAGAAAGGCAAAGUGUCCAUGGCUCAGGAUGAACACCCGCGCCCUCAGACCACCAUGGAGCAGAUGGCCAAACUGCCUACCGUCUUCAAGAAGGGGGGUACUGUUACUGCAGCCAAUGCUUCAGGUGUGUCUGAUGGAGCUGCUGCUGUGGUGAUUGCCAGUGAGGAUGCACUCAGUCGGCACAAGCUCGCUCCACUCGCAAGAAUUGUGGCCUAUCAUGUGUCGGGCUGCGACCCGAGCAUCAUGGGAAUCGGCCCAGUCCCAGCCAUUACUGAAGCUCUCAAAAAAGCUGGCCUCUCGCUCGGUGACAUGGACCUGGUGGAGGUGAAUGAGGCAUUUGCCCCCCAGUACUUGGCUGUUGCCAAGGCCCUCGGUUUGGAUCCAGAAAAAAGCAACGUAAACGGCGGCGCGAUCGCCAUCGGACAUCCUCUCGGAGCUUCGGGGGCUCGCAUCACCGCUCACCUGGUUCACGAGCUCAGGCGACGAGGUGGCAAGUAUGCCGUGGGAUCAGCUUGCAUCGGAGGCGGCCAAGGUAUCGCCAUCAUCCUUGAAAAGUGCUGAGUUUUGCUGCCUUAGAAAAGGAAUGUCACAGUCAAAAUGUGUUCGCGCACAUACUUCUUCAUAUUCACAUAAUAUAAAAAAAGACUGAUUUCAUGACUGUUUUCUAUGAAAGUAUAUUGUUGCCUUACUUGAAUAAUCCAUAAUAAUGAAUGAGUUUGUUUGAUGAAAGACUUGCUGUGUAUAUGCCUUAAUGUAUUUUAAUCGGCCCAUUCUUAUACGUCUGUGCUAUUUCAAAAAUCUCAGACAAUAGCAAAAAUCAUGUUUAGUAUUUCUAUGUUGGGUUGAAUCAAUAAAUUACAUU